AUCUCAGUCACCUGACACCACACACACACACACACACACACACACACGGACGGUGCUCGGCUCCACCUCGCUCGGCGGGUGUGUGAAGAAGAUUCAGCCCGUUAUUUCAAGGUUAUCUCCUGCAGGAACCUUCACUUUUCGGAUCCUAUGGGAAUUUUGAUAACCGCAGUUUUGCUUUGGGCUGCCGCCGGAGUGGGAAGCCGGCCAGUAACCUCACCCCUUAAUGAUGCAAAGGUUGAAUGUAUUAUUCAGGAGACGCUGAAUGAAGAGGGGCCACAUAAUGAGUGUGGCCCACAGCUGGCAGAGGAACUUGAUGAAGUGCAAAGACACCAGGGUCUGCUCAGGGAGCUGCAGAAUCUGGCUGAUGAUGAGAGAGAAAGGGAGCAAGACGACGAGAGGGAGCGAUAUGACUACAACCUGGCCGACAAUGAAAGUGACUUUGAUCAGGAGGAGGAGAGAGAUGUGACAGAACCUGAGGAAGACAACAAGACUGAGGAGGAUGACAUCAAGCAGAAGUUGAUUGAAGAGCCACGGAUCGAAGACAGAGGGACGGACAAUGAAGAGGAGAGAGCCAAGGAGCUUGAGGAGCUGCUAGCGGAAGAGAUCACCAAGAAAGGGAAGGAGGAGAGGAAUGAUGAAGAACUGAAGGAGCUGCUGAAAGAGCUGAAGAAGAAACGCUACGAGGCGGUAAAGGAGAGGGAGAUCCAGAAAGGCUCUGGAACAGAGCAGAAGGAAGAGGUGGAGGAAAAGAAGGAAAAGGGAGACAAAGAGAAGGAGGGAGAAACAGAGGAGGAGUUGGAGAAGCAGAGGAUGGAGGAGAGGAGGAAGAACGAGGUGGAGCUGAUGGUGGAGAAGGAGAAGGUGGAGAAGGAGCUAAAGGAGCUACUCAAAGAGCAGGACAGCAAGAACAAGCCAGAGCAGGAGAGGGAGAGGAAGGAGAAGCAGGAAGAGCUGGAAGAACUCGUCAGGAAGAUGAAACGGGUGCAGGAGGAGGAGGAGGAGGAGGAGGAGGUGCAGGACGGGAAGAAAGAGGACGCUGUGGAUGAAAGGACAGCAGAGGAGAAGAGCGAGACGAAGGAGAUCGGAGAAGAAAAGGAGCGCGAUGAGAAAGCACAGAAUGAAGUGAAGACGAAGAAGGAGGAGGCAGCGGCAGAGGUGAAGGAGCCGCAGCAGAAGAGAGUGAUGGAGAAAGCAAGCGACGAAGCCACGCAACAGUUUGAGAGGGAGAGGUACAAGGGUGAGGAAGAGGAGGGCGAGGAAGAUGAGGAUGAGGAUGACUUCGUCAGAGAGGAUGAGGAGGGGCAAGAGGAAGAUGAUGAGGAAGGUGAUGCAGAAGAAGAUGAAGGGGAGGAGCUGCUGGAGAUUGAAGCAGAGUUGCGCAAAGUUGCUGCAGAGCUGAGAGAGCUUCGCAGAGGAUAAGACACACACACACACACACACACACACACACACACACACACACACACACACACACAGCCGACUGACUAAACCCUUUGCAUUAGCAGUCACACAUUCACCUCGCACAGUUUCCAUUCAACAGUCUUCAAAUCCCCGCAGCACUCAGAGAAACGUCUUCUGGACACUAGUAGAAAUUGUACAUACUGUUGUUUCAUUUCUGCUUUUUAGACCACUCAUUUGAACGCGUCUUGAGUGUCUAGGAAAAUGUGACAUGUUUUUUUUCCUGAAGAGUCUGAAAGAUCUUCGUGUCCAUCUCUGCUUGUGUUCUUGUCUCAGUACCUGUGAAUGCUGUUUGUAGGGUAGACAUGAUUUCACUAAAACUGCCAUGAUUGCAAAGCAUUCGACACUUUUAUCCAAAUGUUAUUUUUGACUGCAGAUUGCCAACCACACAAAUCACGCCAUCAUCUCUGAGAUCUGAGUCAUGAAUACUGGCAAGCAGUGCUUCUUUUUUCUCUGAAGGUAUCAUCCUUGAUGGUGUGUUGUUGGUGGGAAAAACAGGUUCCCUACCUACUAUAAGUAAUAUGUGUAUCUCAAUAUCUAUUUUGUGCAAUAAUUGAUAACUAUGUGUAAGCUGUUCCUGCUGUUCUGACUGUUAAUGAUAUGCAUUACUGAUAUUUCUAGACAGGAGUAAGUCAUUAUUUCCUCAUUAUUUCUUUGACGAUUAGGUAGAAAACAAGGAUUGCGUUUCAUUUGGCUCACGCACUGUUAAAACCAGACUGUUGUUGUGAUGAACCGGAGUGACACGAGAGACAAAACACAGAUCAGCGGUCGAAAUUGUGACACGUAGGUCAGUUUGUUAAGUUUGUCUCGAGCGUGGUCAGAGUGUGGCGAGGGUACGUAAUGUACUCGGAGCUUACAAGGUCUAAAAGUGUCACUUCAGGUUCUCAGCCAGCUUUGCACUCUUAUCUUAACAAGCCAAGGAGGAGUCGAAGGGAAGAGGGAGACACUAAAGCCAUUUUGUUGUCUUUUAGUAUCGAUAACAUUGAUAAAUGCUCAGUGGUAGUAGUGUUACAUCACAGUUUCCACGCCUGUCAUGUCAUUCCUGUAAAUAUCAUUUAUCAUGGUCUGUAAGCCAAGGUCAUAGAAAAUAUGAAGCAACAGCGCCCCCAAGAGGACACUGGGUAGAAAUUGCACAGGAUUUACAGGGUUACCAUUGGAGGCCCACUUACUGCAAUAACACAAUAUAGACAACAGCACAUGUGAAUGCAAUAAUUAGCCAAAUAACUAAUUAUUUGAUAUAUUUAAAUAUGUAUUCAAAAUGCAUCAUAUAGUACUCAUAUAGCAGAUAUAAUCUCCUUUUCUACACAGCCAAGAUUUACAAUACAUUUAUGUAUCUGAACACCGGCGAGGCAGCCGGUCAACUUGUGUAAACACGUAGUAAUAAUAACACACCGUAUGAGUCAACACUGAUGAGCUCGUUAUUGUCUAUUCCAAAGAUGUUUGUUCACGUGAGGAUAAAUGAUAAAUUAAUGUACUGUAGUUUUCUUUUUCUAUAGAAGUGCAAAAUGUUUCCACAAAAUGUCUAUUAGAAACCAGCAAGAAAGAUGAUAUAGCAUUGAGCAUAGAUGCAGACAAGCAUAGAUGACAUUUCGAACAACAGGGGUAAAAAAACAAAACAAAAAAAAACUUCUAACAAAAACACCAUUUGUAAUAUUACUGGCCAAUCAGAGUGCUGUAUUUUGUGCCUGCUGUAUCUUCUUCUAUGCUACCUGUCAAUCAAUAAACAGAAAGUGUAUUAAACCA